AUGGAUCAUGUCACUCCAGUCAAGGACCAAGCAUCCACAGAAAGUUAUUCAAAUGUUGGGACCAGCCAACAACGACGAACUCGAAUCGCAUUUGCGAUUCUGACACGGAGCAGCAAAACCGAACUGCAAGGUUCCAAACGUUUCGCAGUAAUUCAUCGAGAAUUCAAAUCCGAAAUUCCAAAUGGUCCAGGAAAAGAGGCAAAUGAGAAGGGCACAUGGGUAUGCCCUUUUGAGUAUCCGGGUAUUCCAAAAAACAAGUUUUUCUCAAAAAUAGAAGCCCCAGAGGAUUUUGAUUGGAAGGUCCAAAAUGUGUUUAAAAUCAAAGGCGAGACUUCACCAGCUACAACCUACGAGGGAUCGGAUGUCUUAUGGUAUGAGGACGACGACUUUGCCGCAGCGAAUCCAGAUGCCAUGAAACUCCUAGAAACUCGCCAUCGAUUCCUAGAGGCUCUCCAGAAGACCACGAAAGACCCAGAAGUCCUUAAAUGCAUUGAUAGGGAUCAAUACCUCACAAAAGAACUCUUCAACAACCAACAACAUUUGUAUUGGCACUAUGAAGACGUUUCUUAUUACCAUAACAAGAUUCAUGUGGAUUACGGUAUUGCUGGAUUCUCCUACAUGUGUCUUCGAGAGGAAAUGGUGGCGCCUCCUAACUUCCAGUAUAUCCCUUAUCACGUUGUUAAGGAGUCGGCUUAUAAGAGGUGCUUAGCUUCAAAGGGUAGCAAGAAAUACUUGGAGUUGGAGGCGGAGGUAGCUGGAAAUAAGAGUUUGUGGAGCUCAAAAAGGACGCCGACAGCUUGUGAGAAGCCGGAGAAGUGCAAGUGUAAUAGAAUUUUUCAACUGCUCUACAAAGACACCGAGGACAGUCUAGAAGACCCUCGGGACCGAGAACUCCCCCGCAAACUGCUCCAGCCCAAUAAAGCCGGAUUUUUGGACCUGGAACACUUCAACUAUAUCAGCAAUCAAAAGAUCAUUGUUGAAUGCUCAAAUGCAUGUGGUUGUAGUGAGGAAUGUCCCAGAAGACGGCUUCAGCAGGGCCAGAAGAAGCGUCUUGUAGUUUUCUAUGAAAACGAAAUUAUUGGGUUUGGGCUCAGAGCAGCGGAGCCAAUAAAAGCGGGAGAGUACGUUACGGAGUAUGUGGGUACUGUAUUGGCACCACGGAAUAAUAAUAGGAAUCCAUCGUACGAUUUGGGAAUCGAGAUAGUGGUGGAGGGAUUGGUGAUCGAUUCCAGGAAGUGCGGAAACCUUGCUCGAUUUGUGGCCCAUGCCUGUGAACCCAAUGCCGCCUUCAUUGAGACCCACUCCAGAAUCUUCGAAACGGACCCCCUGAUCCCUAGAGUCAGCUUAUACGCUCUACGGGACAUUGCCAUUGGAGAAGCCGUCACAAUUUGCUAUUAUAGCCGAGAUAAGCUAUCUUCUGGAAAGGGAAUCAAAUGUGCAUGUCGACCAAACUGUCCCAAUCAUUUGCCCAAAAAUUAG